AUAAAUUUAAAUUUAACUAAAAACCAGAGCGUAUUAGUGUAUAAGUUAUUACCAUAGAGAUAAUUUUUCAUUUUAAUUCUAUGGAAAUCAAGUAACGAAUUAUGUACGAAGAAAAAUUUAACCUCUAUAUUUUUUAUUUUUCAUUAAAAAUAUUGAUUUUUUUUAAAACAUGUUUAAAUCCAAUUUAAAGAUAUGCGGUUGUAGAACUAUUAGAUAUUUUAGAACGUUUUCAACACAACCUGAUACUUAUUGUCAAGUAUUAUCGGACAUGAUAGGUAUACCGAGUACAGAAGCAAAAUUUUAUAUACAGAAGUAUCGCCUUAAAAAUAAAGAUGCCGAAUUAUUAGCACAAACAAUAACGUUUUGUAAGGGAUUAGGUUAUUCUAAUAAGGAAAUUUUAGCUGCUCCUACUUUAUUUACUUGCCACCCCCUCGAAAUUGAACAACAUUAUUAUUCAUUAGUGGAAGGAGGUUUCCAGAAUGUUAAUCCGCGAGUUUUAUCCAAGACGAGAACGUAUAUGAAAAAAAUUGUGAGCUAUUUAAAAAAUCAUAAACUAAUUUUGAAAUCAACAAACGUUGAAGAAAAAUUCGUAUCUUGUAUAGAAGAUAAAGAAAUAGCCGGUAAAAUACAAUUAAAUUCAAGCGAUGGCGAAAUUUGGAGUCAAAUUCAUUUAGAUAUACAGAAACAUUUUUUAAAAAUGCGUUUAGGGGGUACCGAAGAAGAAAUAGAUAAUCUUCUACAAGUUCAUCAUAUAAUAAAAAAUAAAAGUUUCAAAGUUGUACAGGAAAAUAUAAAAAUAGCGGAAGAUUUGGGGUUCGAACCAAGGAAAUUGAUCAAAUACGGGUAUUUACUCGGAAAUUAUCCAAAUUAUCCUAAAACUACUCUCCGUGAUUUAGAUAAUAUAGCAGGUAUCGAUAUGAGAGUAGCCAUGAGGAGAUACCCAAAAUUAAUCAUGACUUCUCCGAAGAAUAUUAUUAAAAUAUACGGUAUUUUAAAGGAAUUUGAUAUACCAGAUGAUAUUAUAAAGAAAACUCCGAAUGUUUUCCAUAUGUCACCAGAAACUGUGAGAGUUCGAUUACAAACGAUCGAACAAUCUCCUGAUCUUAAAGUACUUCUUACACAACCAAAAAUACUCGCUCUAAUCGUCCAUCAUAAUAGAGCGAAAACGAGGUUGUCGUUUUUACAACAACUCCAAUUGAGGUGUACGUCUUUCACGAUUCUACGAACUGAUCAAGAUACAGUAUUCGAGGAAUACGUAAAAGAAGGAAAAGACGCUAAUAAACGCGGGGACUUGUAUAAUUACCUACAAAAUUUGUUUUCUAUACCGAUCAAAGAUAUAAAAUCGAAAAUAAGUCGUCACCCUUUUCACCUUCAAGUACCUUUAAAAGAUAUGCAGGAGACUUACGAUUAUUUGAUUAACAAUCAAUUCAAGCCGAUAAAUAUAUACAAUGUGAUAUUUAUUUUGUUGUACCCCAAAUAUAAAGUUCAAGAUGCGCACGCUACUAUAAAAUACGAUAGUAAUUUUAAAUAUAAAAGUUUAACGCAAGUGAAUAAAUUGAAUAUAAUGUUGUAUUUAAUUGAAAAAGAACAUCAUUUCACAGGUAACGGAAUAUGGAGAAAUUACAAAAUACCCGAAAAUGUAUCAACAAUAAAUUAAUAUAAACUAGUUUUUUUUAUU